CUUCGCUAUAUAUACUUACCUCAUUCAACCCAUUUCAAUCAUCUCUCCUCCCAAUCUUCACUCCAAUCCCCUUCCGAUCUGGUGGGGUUUUCCGGCCACAGAAUGACUACUCGCCGCCGCGGCUCAGCCGCCAAGGGUGGGCUUCUGCCACAGCUCCUGCUGGUGGCAUUGGCCACCUUGGCAACUUCUAGUUUGGUCUCCGCUGAUCCUUAUGUGUACUCGUCUCCACCUCCGCCUUAUGUUUACAAAUCUCCUCCACCACCGUCUCCGUCUCCACCACCUCCCUAUGUGUAUAAAUCUCCACCACCACCGUCACCAUCUCCACCUCCUCCUUAUGUUUACACAUCCCCACCACCACCAUCACCAUCUCCGCCACCACCAUAUGUAUACAAGUCUCCGCCACCACCAUCGCCAUCUCCACCACCACCUUACGUGUACAAAUCACCCCCACCACCUUCUCCUUCCCCGCCACCACCUUACGUUUACAAAUCACCCCCACCACCUUCCCCUUCCCCGCCACCGCCAUAUGUCUAUAAGUCUCCACCACCACCAUCUCCAUCCCCACCACCACCAUACGUCUACAAGUCACCACCACCACCUUCCCCAUCUCCACCACCUCCAUAUGUCUACAAGUCGCCACCUCCACCAUCCCCAUCCCCACCACCUCCAUACAUCUACAAAUCACCUCCACCACCCCCAUACGUCUACAAAUCUCCUCCACCACCAUCUCCGUCUCCACCACCUCCAUACGUCUAUAAGUCUCCCCCACCACCAUCCCCAUCUCCACCACCUCCAUACGUCUACAAGUCGCCGCCACCACCUUCUCCAUCUCCUCCUCCACCAUACUACUACAAGUCGCCACCACCUCCUUCCCCAUCUCCACCACCACCAUACUACUAUAAAUCGCCACCACCUCCUUCCCCAUCCCCACCACCACCAUACUACUACAAAUCCCCACCACCUCCUUCCCCCUCACCACCACCCCCCUACCAUUACGUCUCGCCACCACCACCGGCAAAAUCUCCUCCUCCACCGUACCACUACACCUCUCCCCCACCGCCGGCACCGGUUCCUCACUACCCACCGCACCACCACCACGAGUUGGUAGUUAAGGUGACCGGAAAAGUUUACUGCUACAAAUGCUACGAUUGGACUCACCCAGAAAAAUCCCAUAACAAGAAACAUCUCCAAGGUGCCGUGGUGAAAGUGACAUGCAAAGCAGGAGAUAAAGAAGUAGUUGCAUAUGGCAAAACAAAGAGAAAUGGAAAAUAUAGUAUUCCAGUUGUAGGAUUUGAAUAUGCCAAAUAUGGAGCAAAGGCUUGCAUAGCUAAGCUUCAUGCAGCACCUAAGCAUUCAAAGUGUAGCAUUGCUACUAAUACUCAUUGGGGAGUAAAGGGUGCUGAGCUUCGAGUGAAGUCCAAGAAUCACUAUGAAGUUGUGUUGUAUGUUGAGCCUUUUGCUUAUGCAUCCAAGACUCCUUAUGGGGAAUGUUCCAAGCCUAAGCCGACUCCGGCUCCGUACUAUUACAAGUCCCCACCUCCUCCGACUCCCACUUAUGUCUACAAAUCCCCACCUCCACCUCCUUAUGUAUACAAGUCCCCACCUCCUCCGGCUCCGACUUAUGUUUACAAGUCCCCUCCUCCACCACCGUAUGUCUACAAAUCACCACCACCACCAUCGCCAUCUCCUCCACCCCCAUACGUCUACAAAUCACCACCUCCUCCGUCCCCAUCUCCUCCACCUCCCUACGUCUACACAUCACCUCCUCCUCCAUCACCAUCUCCUCCACCUCCAUACGUCUACAAAUCACCACCACCACCAUCGUCCCCAUCUCCCCCACCUCCCUACAUUUACAAAUCACCACCACCACCUUCCCCGUCUCCCCCACCUCCAUACAUCUACAAAUCACCACCCCCACCAUCGCCGUCUCCUCCACCCCCAUACAUUUACAAAUCACCACCACCACCGUCCCCAUCUCCCCCACCUCCCUACGUCUACAAAUCACCACCACCACCAUCGCCAUCUCCUCCACCUCCAUACGUCUACAAGUCACCACCACCACCGUCCCCAUCUCCUCCACCUCCAUACGUAUACAAAUCACCACCACCACCCUCACCGUCUCCCCCACCUCCCUACGUCUACAAAUCACCUCCACCACCAUCCCCAUCUCCCCCACCUCCAUACGUCUACAAGUCACCUCCACCACCAUCGCCGUCUCCUCCACCUCCAUACGUCUACAAGUCACCACCUCCUCCUUCCCCAUCACCCCCACCUCCAUAUGUCUACAAUUCACCACCUCCUCCUUCCCCAUCACCCCCACCUCCAUAUGUCUACAAUUCACCACCUCCUCCUUCCCCAUCACCCCCACCUCCAUACGUCUACAAUUCACCACCACCACCAUCGCCAUCUCCUCCACCUCCAUACGUAUACAAAUCUCCACCACCACCAUCGCCAUCUCCCCCACCUCCAUACAUAUACAAAUCUCCCCCACCACCAUCGCCAUCUCCCCCACCCCCAUACGUCUACAAAUCACCACCUCCCCCAUCCCCAUCUCCCCCACCCCCAUACGUCUACACGUCCCCACCACCACCUGUGAAGUCACCUCCACCACCGGCAUACAUUUACGCCUCACCGCCUCCACCAACACAUUACUAAGCUCCACAUCAUCACUAACGCCCCUCGAGCACCCUUCAUCGAAUCCACAACACCAAAUAAAAGAAGAUAUCUCGAGGAGUAUGGUGAUCUAUGAUUCAUUUUUUUUCAAUAAGGAUCGACAUGAAGUGGAAGGCUUCUCACUGUUCAUGUUGAACCAAUUUGCAUCUUCUUAUUUUCCUAUUUUAUUACACAUGAUUCUCAUUAUAUCUCCAAGUCGAAGAUGGGACAAGAUUUACUUAGUGAAGUUGAAGAUUCAUUGACAGCUGCAAUAUCCAUUUCUUCAGAUUGUUCCUUCACAUUUUUUUCUCUGUAUUUAGUUGUUUUUAACCAUCAAUCAAAUUCAUAUUUAUUUCUUUGCUUA